GCGUCCAGGCGGCCCUCCCCCGAGUCUGGGGCCUGGGCCGGCGCGCCCGGACUCCCGCGUCCCGGCGGCCCGCGCCCACCCUCCCACGUCCCUCCACGCCGGCUGAACGCCGUGCCGCCGUGGCUUCCGCGGUCUGAGGCCUUUCCCCCUGGUUCCUGGGCGCUCCCUUCUCCCCACCCGCCACCCUUAGGUGGCCAGGAGCCCCCGGGCGGUGUCAGGCAGUUGCCGCGUCAUUCCUUGCCCUUAAAUACCGGCGCCCACUUAAAAACAUUGUGUACAUGAUAUUUGCUUUUUUGUUGUUGUUGUUGCGGUUAUUGGCCACGGUGGGAGUCGAAAUAAAAUGCCGAAAUCACUGCAGCAGUUAAAUUAUCUCUUAGUCUAUUGAAGACAAUGAAGUUUAUUUGCCUAAUGAUGAAAUUUGGACCUAUGAUAUUGAUAGUGGGUUGUGGAGGAUGCAUCUAAUGGAAGGAGAGCUCCCUACCUCCAUGUCAGGAAGCUGUGGUGCUUGCAUUCAUGGAAAGUUCUUCGUUUUUGGAGGAUAUGAUGACAAAGGAUACAGCAACCGAGUAAUACUUUCUUUUAAUUCAGGAGUGCAGCAAAAUCUUUAUUUUGUUAAUUUACGAACAAGAGAUGGAACCUAUGUUUGGAAAAAAAUCACCAACUUUGAAGGUCAGCCACCCACACCACGUGAUAAGCUUUCCUGCUGGGUAUACAAAGACAGAUUAAUAUAUUUUGGUGGUUAUGGAUGUAGGAAACACAGUGAACUUCAAGAUUGUUUUGAUGUUCAUGAUGCUUCUUGGGAAGAACAGAUGUUCUGGGGAUGGCAUAAUGAUGUCCAUGUAUUUGACACAAAGACACAGACAUGGUUUCAGCCAGAAAUUAAAGGUGGACUUCCACCACAGCCACGAGCAGCGCAUACGUGUGCAGUUCUUGGAAAUAAGGGUUAUAUCUUUGGUGGACGUGUUUUGCAAACGAGGAUGAAUGACUUGCAUUAUCUCAACUUAGAUACUUGGAUUUGGUCUGGAAAGAUUUCUAUUAAUGGAGAAAGCCCAAAACAUCGGUCAUGGCAUACUUUAACACCAGUAGCUGAUGAUAAGCUUUUCCUAUUUGGUGGACUAAGUGCAGAUAAUAUUCCAUUAAGUGAUGGAUGGAUUCAUAAUGUCUUAACAAAUUGUUGGAAACCACUUAUACAUUUACCUAACACAAGACCUAGGUUAUGGCACACAGCCUGUUUGGGAAAAGAAAAUGAAAUAAUGGUAUUUGGUGGAAGCAAAGAUGAUUUACUUUCUUUGGACAGAGGUCAUUGUAAUGAUUUAUUGAUCUUCCAAACACAGCCUUAUUCACUACUCAGGUCAUGCCUUGACUGCAUUGGUAAAAAUGCUGUCAUUUUAAAGAGUCAAAUAUCUUUAUUACCUCCUAAACUUCUGCAACAAGUUCUCAAAAAAAUAACCUUUUGGACUGCAGCUAAUCACAGAGAAGAGCAAAGAAUUCAAAAAGAAGAAACAGAAAAUAAGCAUUAGUGGAUCAGUUCCAACUGAAUUGUUAUAUUUGCUAUAUGUCUAAUGUGUUUAAACAUUUAGUCAGACUGUACAUUUACCACCCUCCCCUAAUUACAGGCUUUACUUAAAGGAUAAACUUUGAAACAAAAGCAUUCUGUUAAAUUGAUUCUAUGGCAUGGGAUGUAUGGGAAUAAGACUUGAGUACCCAUUAAUUUAUAUUUACAUUUGCAAGCUGACUUUCUUACCAACUAAUCUUUCUCAAAGUAAGUACAAUUUUAACAAUUUAACUCAAUGUGUACUCUUUACUGGAAAGAUUUUGAGAAAUUAAGGGCCUCAGAAGUCUCCCAACGUAACUGCAGAUACCAACUUUCAAAGAGAAUAAACUUUCUUAUUACACUAAAAUUAUACCUAAAUGUCUUCUUAAAUGAUUGAUAUUAAAGAACAGUGUAAAAACUAAAACUAACACAGCUAUCCCCAAAUGAUACAACAGGCCAGUGCCAAUCUAGUGUUCAGUAUUGAAUUCUGUCUCUUCUGGCAUUUACCAAGUAAAGUAUUCUUAGGCAUCGUGCUCACCUUAUCUUUACUUCAGCAGGGGAAACAUCAAUUUCGUCUCCAUUACCCCUCUAAUAUUAGUUUAUCCAGGUAUAGGUAUGUAAAGACCAUGUUUUUAAGCAUAUAAACUGGAGACUUAUUUAUCACACAGGCUGGGAUAUUAAGAUUUGGUGUAAAGUUCUGAGACGUAUUAAAAUAUUUUGUCUCGAAGAGUGCUUCUAAAGUCAUUGUGUAAACAUUUCAUUGGGGUGAUGCUCUGUAGAUCUGAUGUUCAAGACACCAACAUGUUCAAACUCAAAUAUCUCCCCUUGUGUCUUCAGUAUUGUCGCCUAUCCAGAAAUGAAAACUAUAUACUUUUCAAGAUGAAACUUCUUGAGAUGUUUUUCAUCAUAUUAUUGUAGUCAUGUACUUUCAUUGGCUUAUUAACUAUGAUUGAUUACUAAAAACCUUGGUAUAUGAAAUUACUUUCCAUUCUAUCACCAUGCAAAUUAUCUCUAAAAUAUAAAAUGCUAUAAAAUGAAUUUCUACACAUAUAUAAUUUAUAGUGACAAAUGUAGUUUGUAGUACUUCAUCAAAUUUCAGAGAUAUCUUUUAUAUAUGUACUGUAUUUUGGAUGUGUAAAGCUUCUAUUUAUGUAUUUAAAUAUUUUGUGUUUAUAUUUUAUUUAUUGUACAAGGAAUACACAAUUACUGUUUCAUAGUUUUGUCACUGU